AUGUCGUCAGUCCCAGAGCACCUGCCCCUCAGCGACUGUCCGCACUCAGAUUCCUGCGAGCAGCUCACGCCUUGCUCUGAGAGCACGGUCUUCAGCCUGUCCCACAACAAGAUCUUCUGGACCCUGCAGCCCGCUCCGGGAAACUGCGAGUACUACUGGCAGGCCAUCCUCCUCGUGACCUCCGGGGGCAGCGUGCUGCUCUGCGGGAUGGUGCUGAGCGGACUUUACUUCGCUGGCUUCUCCAUGAUGGCCACCAAUAUCCUGGGACCCGCCCUGCUGUCUGUGGGGCUGAUGGUGCUGGUGGUGGGGCUGGUUUUGAUGCCCAUCACACGACAAAUGAGGCAUCAGAGUGCAACAAAACACCUCUGCAGUUACUACAAGCCUCACAUAAACCUAUGA